AUGUUAAAGGCAACAUAUGGCUUUUCUGGGAGUGCUCUAUUACCACUCCUUGAAUUAUUGCUUCUUCUAGUCAGUGCAUCACUAUUGAGAGUUGGUAAUAAAAGAAUACUCUGUAAUCUGGAUAGGGCUUUAUUCAACUUAAAAUGGUUAGAAACCUUUAAUGGAUGGCAUUAUCAUGUGGGAGCCAGGGGUGUAUCUGAUCAUGGUCCUCUUAUUGGAUUUGAUACUAUAAUUCCUAGAGCUACCAACAUUCCUUUUAGAUUUCAGAAGAUGUGGCUAAACCAUCCUUCUUUUUCUCAAAUUGUGUAUUUUGAGCUGGGAAGUCUUUGGGAUGUGAAUGAGAAUUUGAAAAAAGCUGAAGAAAAAGUGAUUCAAACAACUCUUAAUUCAGAUAAGGAUCCUUCCAGCAUUCCCUUACUUCACAAACUGGUUGUUUCUAGAGGAGAAUAUGAGGUAGCUGCUAAUAAAUAUAACAUUUUCUUGAGAGACAAAGCUAGAAUUAACUGGAUCAAAGAUGGGGAUAUUAACAUAAAAAAAUUUCAUACUAGCAUUAAAUUGAGACAAUCCCAAAAUUCUAUUGUUGAGAUUGAAAAUUCUUCUGAAGCUUUUCCAGAUAUAUCUGAAAUUAAAAAUGUUGUUUUUGAUCUCAACCAAGAUGGUUCUCCUGGUCCAGAUGGCUACACUGGUGCUUUUUAUAGAAAAACUUGGUACAUCAUCAGCAGUGAUCUAGUGGAAGCUAUUACUUAUUGCUGGAGAACUAAACUGAUCCCUAGUGGUAUGAAUUCUAAUUUUCUUGUCUUAAUCCCUAAGAUUAAAGGUGCUAAAAAUGCUAAGAGUUUUAAACCUAUUGGUUUGAGCAACUUUUGCUUCAAUAUUAUUACUAAAAUUAUCACCAUAAGACUCAGUAGAUUCAUACAUAAAGUUGUAUCUCAGCAACAAUAUGCAUUCAUCAAAAAUAGGAAUAUCCAUGAACAAGUUCUUUUAGCUUCUGAAUUGGUAAAUGAAAUUUCUAUCAAUAGAAGAGGAGGCAACUUGGGUCUAAAACUAGACAUCUCACAAGCUUAUGACACUAUUAGUUGGGAAUUCCUCUACAAAACCUUAAAGAAAUUUGGGUUUUCUGCUAGCUUCUACAAUUGGAUCAUGGUCUUAAUCAGUUCUUCUAAAAUCUCUAUUAUGCUCAAUGGUAGCCCUGCGGGGUUUUUGGUGUGGGUAGAGGAUUGA